GGUGCAAUCGCAGCUUGUGCGUCACGACGCCGCCAGCUGAUCGGAGACUGGAGCCGGUGUGUGCUGGGCGCUGGGAAGACACAGCGCCGCGGGCCGUGGGGAACGGACGCACUGAUUUGCUCCCUUACCCUCAGCAACCCCCCCACCCAGCACCAGGAGCCUGUCCCUCCCACAUCCUCACCUGGCUGAGCCGCAGUAGUUCUUCAGUGGCAAGCUUUAUGUCCUGACCCAGCUAAAGCUGCCAGUUGAAGAACUGUUGCCCUCUGCCGCUGGCUUCAAGGAGGAGGAGGAAGAGGAGAAGGAGCUGCUUUCCCCUUCAUCUGGAAGGUGACAGAGCUGGGGCUGGGAAGGUCCGAACAGUGGGAGUGAUGAUACCUUUUGGGAGAGGGAACCUGUUCAGUUGGAGAGCCUUCAGCCAGACUGGCCCAGCAAGAGAGAACAAUUUUAGAUUAGAGACCCUGGUUGGUUUGGGGAAUAGAUGGCUGUGACCAAGUAAGGUUAGUUGGUCUACACUGCUGUGACAAGAGGAAGAUAACAGGAGCAAAGAAAAUUGUCUGCCUCUUUACCCAGAUGUCUUUCUUGGCCCUCCUUCUUUGUUUCCCUUUCUUUCCUACUGCCUUUCCAGGUGAGGUCCAAAGUAAAUUUCUUCAGGGAAAAGGUCAUACUGAAACUCCUAUGUGAGUAGUCAUCCCCAUGGUCUUACCUUUCCCUCUAUUUCCUUAGAUGGCCCAGACUCUAGAUUUGGGAAUAAUCACCUAUAUGUGGGACCAUUAGACAUCUUGUCUCGGCUUCUUCACCUGUGAGAUGGGGAAUCACACAGUUGAGUGUGCAGGAGGGAAUCAGAAGCCUACUUCUGUGAACUGCUCAGAGCCUGGGCUCUCCUCUCCCUAUGGGUGGGAACAAAACAGCUUUCCAUAUAAGCUAUUGCCCCUCCCCCCAUCCCUGAACACCAUGACCCAAGGAGGAUGGGGGAGAGUUUAGAAUGGGGGUGUAAGUUUAUACCAGUGCAGGGGACCAGGAGGAGCUCAUUCUUUCCAUUGACAUCCCACCAUGCAAAGGUGGCCCCAGGCUUCCUCUGCCACCCAAAACAGGACUGCAGCCCCUGAUAGGGUUCCAACUGCUGUUCUCUGUUUCUUCCCUCACUUUACCUUCCAGGAUAGUUUGUGAGACUGCUCAGGCUUGUGCAGGCAGGAAAUUCCCUCCAGGAACCAGGAGAGGUGAACUGUGGGAUGUGAUGCCCUUUGGAACAUCAAGCAGUAUAAGCCUACCACCCCCACCCCAGCUCCUGAUGCAGUCUAACUCUUGGGGCUCAGUUCUGGUGUGGUUCAACCAUGGCCCAGAUGCCCUACCUGAAUGUGGCCAAAUUCAGCGGCUACAGGGAGCUGUCCUGUCAUGGGGCAGGAGGUGUGGAGAUAGCAGGAUCCUAGUCUCCAUUUAUGAGAAACAGAGAUUUAGGGGAGAGUAGAUCAUCGAAUCCAUCCUCCUGCAGUCUAAGCUGCAGGAGGUAUAGGACUGCAGUGGAGGGUGUGGGUAGACUGAGUCCGUUCAGAGUCUGCAACAAAGAUUGCUCUGUCCCUGGACAUUGCUUCCAUCCUUUCUUCCCCUCCCCGCCUCACUGGCCACAGUGUCUCCAUCCAGCCCUGGUUCUAGGGCUCUGCCAUCCUUACCCAUCCUGAUCCAUCAUGAAGUAAAAGUGAGGAAGAACAGCCUGUGAACACAGAGGCAGGCAGAAGACCAGUGAAGGACCAGGCCUAGAGAGCACAGGGCUCUGUCUGGGCACCCCUCAGAGGGGACCCAUAAAGGACAGAAACACCCUAGGAGAAGGAAGGACAGCCAGCCUCCUUCAAGGACAAGCUCCCAGCCAUCUGCCUCAUUCACUAUUUCUCUCCAGUGUACUUACUGCCUCCCUCAGAGAUAGGAGACUAUAUCACAGUGUCCUGUGGCUUCAUUCUCCUACUUCUACCUCUUUACCUUGUAAUUUUUUUUUUUUAAGAUUUUAUUUAUUUGACAGAGAGAUCACAAGUAGACAGAGAGGCAGGCAGAGAGAGAGAGAGGGAAGCAGUCUCCCUGUUAAGCAGAGAGCCUGAUGUGGGACUCGAUCCCAGGACCCUGAGAUCAUGACCUGAGCCAAAGGCAGCGGCUUAACCCACUGAGCCACCCAGGCGCCCCUACCUUGUAAUUUUUAUAUAAAGUGGACUCAAGGAGCAAGAACUAUCUGUGAAAGGACGUAAGUAGGAAAUUCAGAGAAGAAAUUCAAAUGGAUAAAACCAUGAAAAACAAUGUGUUUCAUUAGUAAUUAAAGAAAGACAAAUAUAGUCGAAAGCAUUUUUCCCUCAGCAAACUAUAUUUAAAAAAAAAAAAAAACAAGAACCAGCAUUGGCAAAGAAAUAAGAAAAUAACACUCCUAUACAUUGCAUGUAGCAGGGGCCAAUUGGUACAGCCUUCCUGAAUGUCAGGUUGGUGAUAGGUCUCAAAUACUCUAAAAGUUUCCAUCGCCUUAGACCUAGUAAUUCUAUAUUUGGGAAUUUAUCCUAAGAAAAUAAUUAAAGAUUUAGUCACAAGAUGCUCAUCCGAGUAUUGCAGUAGAGAAAAUGAGAAGCAACUGUCUGAUUGGGAAUUCAUUUCUUUUCUGCUGUAAUAAAAAUUUGCAAUGGGGGAUUCCUUAAGUAAAUCAUUGUAUAUCCAUCCAGAUGGUGGAGUACUGCGCAGCCAUUAAAAGUCAUGUAGAAGAACAUUUGGAAAGAAAAAUGCUCUUUGAAUAUUAAAAAUUUAUAAAAAUAGUAUUAUGUGAUCUCAAUUUUGUUUUUUAAAAGAUGGGUAUAUUCUUGUAUACAUAAAACAUGAAAAACAAAAUGUUAAUAAUAGUGGUUAUCUUUGAACAGUGGAACAAAGUCAUUGUAAUUUUCCUCUUUGGCUUUUCUGUAACUUUAAAAUAUUCUAUAUUGAGUAUGAUUUUCAUACAAUAAAAUUUAAAAGAAUCAGUGUAAUUUUUUUUUAAAAGCUUGGAGAGGUGGGUGGGGAGGAAUUAAGGGGUGCCCCUGGCCCUUUGGACAUAAUGGGGUUUUGGUGGAGAAAGAGGGUUGUGAGAAUGUGGAGAACUUCAUUCUCCAGGAGUAGCUGCAAUCUACCCUCUCCAGGUACAGGGAAACAGCUCUCUGAAUUGCUGGCUCUUAGCCAGCUAAAGAGGUGUGGAGUGGAGUAAGGAAAACAGUGAAAACCUGUCACUCUCCAGGAGAUGGAAGAUGGGGAAGGGGGGGAGGGUAGAUUUUCCUCUCCAGGCAGAAAGGUUCUGGAAUCCUAUCAGUCUUUGUUAUUCUCUGAUGCUGCCCCAACCUUGAGGUGACCCUGCGUGACCUCUCCUUGGCGCCUCAAAUUGGAAGAGAGAAUUCCAUUCACCUACCAAGCCCUGGGUGGGUGGGGGGGGGGGUGCUUUUCAAGACUUCGGUGGUUUCCUGAGUGGUUUCCUUUCGCCUCCCCUUCCUAAUAGCAGGUUUCCUCUGUAGAGCCCCCAAAAGUGGUUGGGGGGAGGAGUUCCAGUGGGUCGCUUCUCCAAAAUGGGAGUUCUUGUUCCGUUCGAACGUACUGUGUAAGGGAACGGGACUGUUGGAAUCAUCGGGUUGUUAAGAUGUGCUAAAGGUCUGGAAACCUCGGGAGGUGGAAAGGGUGGCUCCGAGGAAGUGAGGUGCCCCCACAUUUGAGAAGGGGGUUGGUGCGGAGCAGGGCGGUGGCGAUGUUUAAGCAUUGGGAGUGGGUGUGCGCAGGCCUCUACCUUAAGGUCGGUGAGGAUCCCGUGGGAAGAAGGACCAGCAGGUGAGAGGUUAGCGUGGGGAGAGGAGGUGAAAGAUAACGGGGCGGGGCCUGUGGGAGUGUCAGGUGAGAUUAGCGACCUAUUUCUGGAGCUCGGAGGGGUUUGGGACACAGGGCAUUGGGAAAGGAAGAUCUCUAUCGACAUGAUGGGAGUCCUACGGAGCUCUCGGGCCAGGCUUGGCAGCCGGGAGCCCCCAACCCUCCAUCCCCCGCUAGGGCUGGACGCAAUCGGUGACUGUGGCUCCGGGGCGUGGCCCCACGGCUGCUCCAAUCGCCACCUAGCCGAAUGAUGGGGGCGUGGUCAAGCCCUGGAAAAGUUACAGCGGAUUCCAAAGCCGCGGUGGGCUGGGGAGGCUAAAGACCCAUUCUUGUCCGGAAACCAGCUCACAGUCUCCGCAGCCGGCUUUGGAGGAGUCCCGCCUGAGAGUGCGGGGGUCCAAGGGACUGAACCGGACCUAGCCCGCCCGCCAGGCCAUGGCGUCCUGGGGGCUCCUUGUGACCGGCGCCUCCUUCGCCGUCUUCCGGGGGCUGCAUUGGAUGCUGCAGCUGCUGCCCACGCCAGGAUCUGCUGCCCAGGACAGUUGGAAAUGGCGGAACAUCUGUGUCUCCCUGGUGCACAGCCUGCUCACAGGGGUCUGGGCGCUGCUUGGGUUGUCGCUGUACCCUCAGAUGGCUGCUGACCCCAUUAACGGCCACCCAUCCUGGGCCCUGGUGCUGGUGGCUGUCUCCGUGGGUUAUUUCUUGGCUGAUGGAGUUGACAUGCUGUUGAAUCAGACCUUGGGCCAGGCCUGGGAACUUCUCUGUCAUCAUUCAGUGGUUGUGAGCUGCCUCAGCACUGCCAUUCUGUCCAACCAGUACGUGGGCCUCUGUGUGGUGUCUCUGCUCCUGGAGCUGAACUCUGUCUGCCUGCACCUACGGAAACUGCUGUUGCUUUCUCACCAGGCCCCAUCCCUGGCCUUCAGCGUGGCCAGCUGGGCCACCCUGGCCACCCUGGCCCUCUUCCGCCUAGUGCCUCUGGGCUGGAUGAGUCUGUGGCUAAUCCGGCAGCAACACCAGGUUCCUCCCCCUCUGGUCAUCCUUAGUGGAACUGGGUUGGUCACUGUGGGUGCCAUAAGCAUCACACUAGGCAUACGUAUUUUGGUCAAUGAUGUCCUGCGAGCUCGGCCCUGCCCACGCAUCCUGGGGUACAAGGAAACUGGGGGCACAAGGAGAUAUCGUGAUGGUGAGCUUGUUGCCAGGGACGAUGCCACUCUCCUCCUGAAAGACUAGAGAGAGGCCUCAGGCUCCUCUUCUGCCAGGCCUGGGGCAGGUAGGGCCAGGACAGGGAGAUCGUGGUCUACAGUGUCCAGUCCACUGUGGGGUAAGGACUGGGCUGAAUUUUCAGUAUCUCAGUCCCUCUUCCAAGUAACUCACACCCCUCCCCCAUUCCUAGGAUCUGAGAAGAAAUGCUGAUGUUCAUGGAUGGUGGGAAACUGGGCUAUUGUUCAGUGAAUUCCAUCAUCAAAUGACUGCUUCUUCCAGCAAACUUCCUGGAGGUACAGCCAGUACUGCCAAUAAGGGGAAGAAGGAGGCAUGAAGCUAAGUGAAACUGCCAAUGACAUCCUCCGCUUUUAGCACAGGAACAGGUGAAGGAAGGCAAGGUCUUUUUUUUUUUUUUUUUAAGAAUUUUAUUUAUUUACUUGGCACAAAGAGAGAGAGCACAAGCAGGGGGAGUGGUAGGCAGAGGGAGAGCAGCUCAACAGGGGGCCCAAUCCCAGGACCCCAGGAUCACAACCCCAGCUGAAGGCAGACGCUGAACCAACUGAGCCACCCAGGCGCCCCCAAAGGUGAGGUCUUAUUAGGACCAGAGAGAUCUGAUGUGGAGGGGGUGGGUUCAGAGGGAAGAGAGACCUCACCUGUGACCAAAUUCCAGGCAGCGGAGGAGGCCACAACAGGUGCUAUCUGUAGCCAGUAGGGAUGGACAUACUAGUGGCCAAGAAACAGAAGAACUGGUCCACUACAGUCGCUGCUGAUACUUCUGGUUCUUGAAGCCACACUACCGUGUUUGUACUUAACGUGAGUCCUACUGCCUUUUAAAUUUUUAAAAAGCCCAGCAUCUGCCUUUUAAGUUUUCUUACUAUCUUCUGACCUCUUCAAAGAAAAUGCAGCUUCUUAAAGGAAGAGCAUGGGACUAGGUCUGUCUUCUUAGGAAAGUACUGAAGUCCAGAGCCAUUGCAGGGACUCAGACACCCAUUCUGGGUGCCAAGUGUAGCGUUUUCCAAGGCCUAGGCUUUCAUGGAAGAAUGAAGACAGGCAGAAGUAGACGAAGGGAGGCUUUCACUUGACUGCAGAGGGAUUAAGGAAUAUCUAACUCUCUUCUAGGAUUCAUUUGCAAGCUCUCCCUCUCUUUUUUCCCCUGCCAUUUGUUUUUUUUAUUUUUUUUUAAGAGGGGGAUGAGAGAAUCUUAAGCAGGCUCCAUUUCACAAACCUAAUAAGAUCAUGACCUGAGCUGAAACCAAGAGUCCUCUUCUUAACUGACUGAGCCACCCUGAUGCCCCUAGGGUAGGUUCUUACCACCCAGUUCUCAUUCUCUUAUCGCAUUUAAGAGACAGGAAAAAAAAUUUUUAAUUAAAUUUAAUUUUUUUUAAGAUUUUAUUUUUGUCUCUCUCUCUACCUGCCUCUCCAUCUACUUGUGAUUUCUCUCUGUCAAAUAAAUAAAUAAAAUCUUUAAAAAAAAAAAGAUUUUAUUUUUGUUUAUUUGACAGAGACAUAGUGAGAGAGGGAACACAAGCCGAGGGAGUGGAAGAGUGAGAAGCAGGCUUCCCACUGAGCAGAGAGCCCUGGUACAGGGGCCCGAAUCCAGGACCUUGGGAUCAUGACCUGAGCUGAAGGCAGACGCUUAAUGAGUGAGCCACCCAGGCACCCCUUUAAUUUUAUUUUUAAGUAAACUCCACACCCAAUGCCAGGCUGGAUCUCACAACCCAGAGAUCAUGACGUGAGCCAAAAUCAAGAGUCUGACACUUAACUGACUGAGUCACCCAGGCGCCCCUCUCCACUACCACUUCUGCUGUCUGUCUUUCUUUUUUUCUUUCCCUCUUUUUUUUUUCUUUUAAAGAUUUUAUUUAUUCACUUGACAGAGAUCACAAGCAGGCAGAGAGAGAGGAAGGGAAGCAGCCUCCCCACUGAGCAGAGAGCCCGGUACAGGACCCAAUCCCAGGACCCUGGGACCACGACCGGUGCCAAAGGCAGAGGCCUCAACCCACUGACCACCCAGGCGCCCCUCUUUCUUUCUUUUUAACUGUGGUGCAGAAUCUCUCCUUUCUUCAGGCAGAACAGCCAGGUUAUAGGAAGUGUAAAGAAGAUUAAGAUUGCUAUUCUACUAAACAACAGAUAGAAAGAGAUAACCCCUAAUUGUCCACAGAAAAGAUACAUGAGCAAAAACAAGAGACAGGAAGAUGAAAACAAAAAAAUCCUGGCCAAAAGCUGAGCUAGAGAAAGACAAAAGGGAUGAUAGAAAUAGACACACAAGGAGUGGCCGGGUGGCUCAGUGGGUUAAAGCCUGGGCCUUCUGUUCAGAUCAUGAUCCCAGGGUCCUGGGAUCCAGCCCCGCAUCAGGCUCUCUGCUCAGCAGCGAACCUGCUUCCCUUCCUCUCUCUGCCUGCCUCUCUGCCUACUUGUGAUCUCUGUCUGUCAAAUAAAUAAAUUUUUAAAAAAUCUUUAGGGGCACCUGGGUGGCUCAGUGGGUUAAAGCCUCUGCCUUUGGCUCAGGUCAUGGUCCCAGGGUCAUUGGAUCGAGUCCUGUGUCAGGCUCUCUGCUCAGCGGGGAGCCUGCUUCCCUUCCUCUCUCUCUCUGCCUGCCUCUCUGCCUACUUGUGAUCUCUGUCUAUCAAAUAAAUAAAUAAAAAUCUUAUUAAAAAUAAAUAAAAAAUCUUUAGAAAUAGACACACAUAAAUUGAGGGACAGAUUGAAAGAAAGAGAAGGAUCACCUGUAUCGAAGAGACAGAUGUGAAGAGAGACAGAGAGCAAGACAGGGAAUCCUUGGCAGAAAUGUGAAGAAAGUGUCAUGGAUGCCAACAGGAACCAAAGUUAUGGAACUGAUAAAAUGGUCAUAAACAUUAGUAUAUAGUCUUCAGUAUAGAAAAAUAUAGUAUAGAAUAUAUUACAUUUAUUCUAUAUUGAUUAUUCAAUAUAGAAUAACCAGUACAGAAAAAUAGAAAAAAAAAAGCUGAACGUAAGGGACCCCAAGGAUACAAGGCACAGAUGGUCUAGACAACGAAACAGAGUGACAAGGAGGAACAACUAGACUCAGGAGAGAUGGAGGUAAGAGAGGCAUUUAGAAAGAUUGGCAGAGCAAGAGAGAGGGGGGAAAUAGAGAUGAGGGGAGUUAGUCAGGGGAGCUGAGAAGCAGAACAGAAAGUGGAGGAGGCACUCAAAAGGAAGAUUCACUGGCAGAAAAAGAAAGUAGGAAAUAUGUUGAGUUGGAGACAGGCAGAAAGACAAAGGACAAACAGCUACAGUGCAAAACACAAAGACAGCCUGACAGGAACUGAUAGGCAGAGACUGGUAGGAAGAUGAAGAGAAGUCAGAAUCAGGGAUAUAAAUUGAGAUGGAAGAAUGGGCAAAGGGACUGAGAACCACAGAGAGGGAAAGAAGAGGUGGGGGGGGGGGGUUGGUGACAACUGAUUAAAUAAACAUCCAAAGGAAGAAGACACCGGACUGGCUCAGUUGAUAGAGCAUGUGUGAUCUCAGCGUUGUGAGUUUGAGCCCCAUGUUGGGUAUAGAGAUUACAUUAAAAAGAUAAAAUCUUGGGGCAUCUGGGUGGCUCAGUGGGUUAAAGCCUGUGUCUUCGGCUCGGGUCAUGAUCUCAGGGUCCUGGGAUCAAGCCCCACAUCGGCCUCUCUGCUAAGCGGGAGCCUGCUUCCUCCUCUCACUUGCGUACUUGUGAUCUCUCUCUCUCUGUCAAAUAAAUAAAAUCUUUUAAAAAAUUUAAAAAGAUAAAAUCUAAAAAAAAAGAAGAAGAAGAAGAAACGCAACACCAAACAGACAGACAAAACAAAAACAUCCAAAGGAAGGAACAAGGAAGAGGAGGAAAUAGAUGAAGAGAAGAAGAAAGAAAGCCUAGACAAAAAAUAAGGAGGGAUUGUGAUAGAUGCCCAUCAGAGUCAUUAAAGCACAAAGAGAAGAAUAACAAAUAGAGACAGGAGAAAUUGCCACAGCCAGAAGCAGAUACAGACAGAAAAUAAGAGCAGAGAUACUUCAUGUAAUCACAUAAGAGCCAGAGAGGCAAAUGUAUAAAAGGUGACGUAGAGAAAUAGUAGAAUUCUAUCAAACUGUAUGUGUCCUUCAUAGAAGUAGCAUCUUCAAAACUCAAUCUGCCAUCUUCACUGAAUGUCUGGAUUAACAAAAACAAUGUCCUGAGUUUUCAAAGACAAAGAAAUGUGUCAAACCCAUGGCAGGAAUCUGUUCCCUAAGUAUGUGUUGAGGUCAGUAUUGAUUCAUUCUAAGCCCUCCAUGUUUUCUUUUACCACUAUCAUAAAUUCAUGGUUCCAGUGAGUACCCCUCCAGGUAAUAGUUGAUAGUAUCUAUGAGAUCUAUCAAGACCUUGACCGCUAUGGAAAUAUGGCUGUUUCUGUGGGUUAACUAGUCAACCUUGUACAGGAAGGGUGAGAUUAGCUACUCAUGGGGGUAGGACAUGAAGGAAUAUCUGAACAAUUGGGGGUCACACAAAUUUUCGUCAUGGUAACCCAGCGAAACUUCAGGAAGGCAGGAUGGCAUUAUGAUUAUAACUGAUUAAGUAGAUUUCUCAUCAAGUAGACCAGUUAUAGAUGGUGUGGACCAGAUACAAAUGAUGGGUCCUUCAGAAGCAUGGUCAAUUGGGUCCCUAGAAAAGAGAAGCUCAAACAUGCAGAGGUUGGCAAAUGUUAUAUUCGGUACAAUGAGUUGGGCCACUCUGGCAGUGAUCUGUCAGACCUCAUCAUGGCCUAGUGAAGUGGUCCUCAAGACUGACUCCAUGCCACCAAGCUACUGGCUGAUGAAUUAUUUGUCUUCUGGCACAAGGGAGUGGCUCUCUUGGAUGGGGGACAUUGGUAUUAUAUGGUCUCAAACCACUAUCCUGAUCAUAAAUUAAUAAAUUGCUAUGUAAAUAAUUGCAUCAG